AUGUCUGCAAAAUAUGAACCUGCAGUCAGGAGCGGACAAGCAAAGGAUUGCACCCAUGCAAAGGAUAACAUUCAGCCAAACACUAGUACAUACACGGCAAUUAGGACACGUUCCGAAGAUAUCAAGGCAAAGGCGCCCUUGCAGAAUACAAACGCGGUUUCAGACAUCACAGAAGACAUGCCAGUUGACUCAGCAGAGCGUGACACACACAAGAACAGUGCAGAGUGUCCAGCCCUUCCCGGGGAUGGCAGUACCAUGCGUGAGUGUCCACAUCCUCCCGGUGCGAUCCAUCCAAACGAGGCGUACGAGCACAUGGACCCCAUGAAAAAUCUCGAGUACGAGCACAUGUACGACAUGAUUCCGGACGCCAUGUCGACUCGAAACGCCUCAACUUCGCUGUACGGACGAACAACAGACGAGAGUAUUGGUUCUGACCAGCGACCAGCUAGCAUGGAGCCAUAUGCUGUUAGACGUCAGGAAGACGAUAGCGAUGAUGACAAUGUCAUCUCACAGGAAAUAGUAGCCUCAGCUCCGAACAGCGUUGCAAAGACUAACACUGAUGAAGAGAAUAUUGAACCAUAUGCUGUCAGACAUCAGGAAGAGAAUGACGAUGAUGACAAUGUCAUGUCACAGGAAAGAGGAGCCUCAGCUGGGAACAUGAAUGCAAAGACCAUCACCACUGAAGACAAUAUUGAACAAUACGCUGUUAAACAUCAGGACGAAGACGUAGAAGAUGAAAAAGGAGCCAAAGCUGGGAAUAUUAUUAUCGACACUGAAGAGAAUAUUGAAGCAUACGCUGUUGCAUACAUGUGUGAGAAUGUGAUAUACUCGGGCCAGAAAGAACUCCAAACAAAAGUUCCCUUGAAGAACAGCGAGGACUUCAAGACCACAUUGAAUGAUGAUGGCUUUUCGAAUUACGGGAAUGAUGCUGCCCGUUCCGCAAAUGGCGCUGGCUCUUCCGGGAAUGAUGCUGACAGUUCCGGAAAUGACAUUGGCACUUCCAAGAAAUAUGCUGGUUCUUCCGGUAAUGACACUGGAACUAAGAAGGACACUGGCAUUUCCGAAAAUGAUGCUGGCACUUCCGACUAUCUAAGGAAUGACGGGAAUAUCAGCAGUACUCACGAACCACAACGUACACUUCAUUCGCGCCAGAACAAACUGAUUCCAAAUCCGAUGUACAUUCCAAACGGUCCUCAGCAAGCAGCUGGAGGAAUGUGA